UCAGAUAAACAAAAUAAUGAAAUACGUUGUUAUGUGUUACAAUAUGAUUAGUUUUCUGGUAUAUCAUCGUCCAUAAAGUUCACUACUUAAAUAAUUAGUUUUGUGAUAGUUUAAACACUAAAUAAAAUGGAUGUGAAAGAGCUCUGUUUCUAUGAUGAUCAUCAGAACAAUGGAAAUGGGCUAUCGGAUCAAGGCAAGUCAACAGCUGAUUUUAAUGGAGAAACCACAAUAAAUGAUGACUGUUAUGUGAAUAAAGGAUUUAAUGAUUCAAAUAGUCUAAAAGAAGAAUUCUCCAAUAAGAUUGAGGAAGAUCCAAAUCAACUAUCUAAAAGUGUGAUUAUAAUUUCUGAUAGACCUCCAUUGACGACGCAAGAUGGGUACGUCAAUAAUGCAUUCGAAGAUGGUCCUCAGAAAGCAGAUAAGGUGAAUGAUAAACAUAACGGGACGGUGCCACGGGCACAUGACGUCACUGCCAUUACUUGCUCUACAAUAGAGAACCAAAUUACAAAACUGGAUGAAGACAAUAAUGGAUUGGUGGCCGUUAAUUUGGAAACGAAAGAAAAGAAGUGGAAAGUACAAUCUGUCGGAUGGGAUUCAAAUAAGAGUAUAAUGCUUUUGGGUUUGGUAUUGGCUUUUGAUGUAUGGGCAGCAAUAUUUGUUUGUUUUAAAACAAACCUAUUCCCAAAUAUUUUGAAUUAAAUUAGUACUGGUAUCUAAUGUAUUCAAUAAUAACUAUCACGUUAAAUUAAUAAAAUUUUAAUAUCUAUACGAUAAUUGUAUACUUAAAAUAAAUUAAAUGUUUUUUACAUUUUAAUUGUUUAUUUUAAUAAUCUACUUCAAUAAAUUGUAAUAGGAUAUUUAAAAAAUGAGUUAAUUAUUAUGAAAUUAAGGUAAAUUUUGCAUAUUGUCUAAUUUUAGAGGUUAUAAAUGUUAGUACUUGGUAGAUGUAUUUAGAUUAUUUAGAAUAUUUUCAACUGAAACCAUUAGACAAUUUAAAAUCAAUCCCCACUUAAACAUUGCGUAGCGCAUUAUCGUAUGUUUGGAGAGAUUCCUAGAUAAAUAUUAUGAAUGUAAAUAUGUAAAUAAUACAAUUAACACAGCCACGAAAUAUCUAGUUAUAUCAAUUCAAAAAUAUUUUAAUAGACCACUUUAAAAUUCAAAAUUAUUUAAGUAGCAAAUUUAAAUAAAUCAAUACAUUACGACAUUGUUCACUUUGAGUGGAUGUUAUUAAUAUAGAUACUCAUAAAAUCAAUUCUUUUUUUGAUAAACUGCUGAAAAUAUUGAAUUUAUUUUUUCCUCAAAUUAAUAGCUUUCAUACUGUUCAAAAUGUUAAUAAUAAA